AUGAAUUUAAAAGAACGAAUUUUAUGAGUGAGAAGAACAUUUUGUACAUGCAAAGUGUAGGUUAUGCAGAUCGUCUGCACAGUAAUGUAAUGAAUAGCUGUGGGAACUCUAAUAUUAGCACAAAGCUACGUGGAACUAAGUGUUUGGAGGUGCAGGAAGAGUCUGUUUGUAACAAUCGAGCUACAGAGUUAGAUAAAGGAGACAUCAACGUUUUGACUGGCUACAACACAAAUGAUUUUAAUGCUCCACGCGGAACAUUGGUCAUUUGCCAAAGAAAUUCAAACAAUUAUUCGUCUGAUCAUAGUUUUUCCAGGUUCAAACCAAGAAUUGGCGGUGCUCCACGCAAUGAGUUUCGAAUGGCUCGUGGGGGCAGUUCCGGGGACCGUGCCAGAGGCGCAUUACGGGGUAGAGCUUUUAAAAAGACGGCCAUCGAUAGAGAUUCAAAUUCAGAGACCAACUAUUACUCUGCAACUAGACCCAAAUUUCAAGAAUCGUUGAAAAAUCAGGAGAACUCGCAGGGAAAGUAUUAUGACGACAAACGAAUAAAUGAAGACUCCAGGAUUUCCAAACUCUUGAGGAGACUGUGCCGGGAAGACGAUUACGAUCACUUCAUAUCCCUAUGCAAGCAGGCGCAGGAAGGCAUAAUCGCGCCUGAAAAUCAAAGAUACAUACGUCGAAAUUUGGAUGCGAUUUGUGAAAGUCUGUUGGAUAUGUUACAUACAGGCCCAGGACCAGAAGCGAAACAGCAAAUCGCAAAAUGCCUAGGACGCGUUGGAUACGCGGCCGAACAAGACUUCAAACGAUACAUGGACUGGAUUUUCAACAAGUACUCAUUGGAAAGGAAGGACGAUAUAAAAUGGCUUUUGAUCAGAUCGUUCGUUGAGGUUUUCAAAAUGGACGCAGAAACACCGAGGUUAAAAGAAUUCUCAAUGCUAAUCAUGUCGCAACUGCAGUCAACACUGGAAAAUGUCGAUCGUUCGGACUUGCUGGUGGCAACGGUAGACGCGAUAUUGUUAAUAAUGGAAUCCUAUCCUGAAACGUUCUCGAAUCAUUUUCGCGACACAGUUGACAUAUUAGUCGGCUGGCAUAUAGAUUCGACGCAGCAAAAGGCGAUUGCAAGCUACGCCAGUCGCAGCUUGCAACGAUUGCGAACCUUUUGGAUAGCAGACUUACAGUUUACAUUGACGUUAUUGGGACAAUUUUUAGAGGACAUGGAGAGCUAUGACGAGGAAUUAUCUUUGCCGGAAUCUGGCAGAAGUUCACCCGGCGACGAAACGUCUCCUACGCCAAAAGAGUGUAUCGUUCGUAUCACGUCUCUGAUCUCUGUGUUCAAUACAGUCACGAAAAGCAUAUCCGAGCAUUUGAAUCCAAAUGUUACGCCGAACGUGCGAUGGUCGUUCUUGUCCGACUGUUUGUCGAAAAUGUUGAAAACAGUCGUGAAAGCAAUCGAAUUAGACGACAGUAACGAAAGCUUGGUUUCGAGUUUCACCAUUACACCAGAAAAUGUCGAUGAAUUAUUGAAACAUGUUAAAGUUAUAAGCAGCACCGUUCAGCAACGAAAUUUCAACGAGUCUGAGUUAAUCGAGGAGGAGGAGAAGGAGGAGGAUCUCGUCAGGAUGUAUAAAUCUUUGAAGCUCGAUAAGAACGAGUUAAAGGAUUUGAAGUCGAGCAUCGAAAAAGAAACGGGAUCGUCGCAGGAAGAACGGCAGCUUUUGUUAAAUGUUGUACGGUGGUUGGAAUCGAAGGAAUCGAAAGACUUGAAAGAAAGAAAGGAGACGGUGGAUUUGACGGAGGAAAAGGAAGAGCUGAUAGUAACGGCGAACGAAUGCGCUUUCUUGUUGUUGGGACAUCUUCAGAGUCGCAUAACGAAAAAUCACGAGUUACUCUACAAGUUUAUCGAUCUUCAGUUAAAACGAAUCAACAUGUUCUGGGACGAUACUAUAAUUUCCAUGCUGAAUACUAUUUCGAAAAUAAUCAAAGAAGUCUCUGCGAAUUUACCAUUGGAAUUGGUGCACAAGCUGCUCGGGAAAGAUUCUGCGUUACUAAAAUUACGAUUCCGCGAUUCUAUUUCCAUUCAGAAUGCCAGCCUUGGCGUGUAUCACAGUUUGCUCAGUUUAAAAAAUAUUCCACUACUACAGGAAUCGUAUCGAUACAUACUGUCCGAUUUGGAGAUCGCUUAUAAGCUUGUGCUGACGGAUAUCGAAAGUUUGGUGCCUGACAAUCCGUUGGUGAACGGUGUCAAAUAUAAAAAAAAGGAUGCGGAAAUCGUGAUUACUUUCCUGUUGCGUGCAUUGUCCGAUAUAGCGAACGCAAGCAACUCGAUCAUUGGUAUGUGGGCAUUGAAGCCAAGUAUUUUGGAAUUGUUGGCUGUCAAGUUAAGACCUUAUGACAGUAGUUUGUCAGUGACCAGUCCGUUCUUGCAGUACAGUAUUUUAUACUUGCUCUACGCUCACUGUUCCAGGUAUAAUCACUUUGUGCCGAGUUCCAGUUUGAUAACUGGAACUGCCACAUGUCGUCCGAUAGAUAUGUUUCCAGGCGCACUUGACGUACCAACUACAUCUCCGACCAGCGGCCAUCUUUCAAUAAUUCUGAACCUGAUAGCUAAAAGUUUCAAUGAGCGUACACCAGAGCAAACGUUGUUGUUGUUAUCGACGUGGAUGCAGGAAAUUUGCAUGCAAUCGGAAAAUUAUAUUGGCAUAUUGAGUAAAACGAAAGAGUAUGAACGCGUCUUGGGGAGUUUGGUUGCUUGCGGGGCCAGUAUUGACCGAGAGAUCUCCAUUGCUGUUUGCGAACUCUUCGAAAUCUUAAUGAGCGCGAAGAACGUGACAUGGAAGGAAGAGAUCUAUUACUGCAUAGUGGAUCUGGCGACGUUACAUUUGACUUCGCGCGAGCAUAUUGUACGGGAAAAGUACGGCUCUUUAUUGACGCAUGUGCCUCUAAAUAUAGUCGUACCAAAGCUGAACAAGGAGUGUUUGGUAUCGGAAACGAAGAAACACCAGGGAAUUAAACAAUACUCGACCGAGUCAUUGAUACUUGCUGAGAAAUUAUACAUGCGGGGAAAUAGUAACGGAGAGAUGCAAUCGCAACAUUUUAAAACGUACAUGGCCUUCCUGUUGCAAGAUCAGUAUCUAGACGCUUCCGGGUUGUCGGAAUUGUUCACAUUGUGCUGGCCGAUCAUGUCCGAGAACGAAAUCACAAGGAGAACGUACUGGUUGGGGCUUGCGAAUCGAUCCUUUUUAUAUUUCUGGUCCGGUUUCGAGGCGGCUCAGCAUUGCGUGAUCAACAAGCUUCGUACAUCGUUGGGAAAGCCGCAAGAAACGUUCACGUCGAUCGAAAGCGCGUUGAAAACGUUGGCUCGCGAGAUAUCGUAUAACGUGGAAACGAUGAGAAAAGAAAAACGGAACUUCGAUCACCUGCUGAGCGAACAUACCAGAGUUCGACUGUUGAUCGAGUUUCUCGAGCAUCUCGAGAGGGUGAUACACAACGCGGCUGAGGGAUGCGCGAUGGCGUUGCCACCGCUCUCGAAACCGGUUCGAACGUUCUUUCAUACGAACAAAUCAACCUGCAGGGAAUGGUUGAAUCGAAUCCGUUUGGCACUGUGCGUUGUCUCGUUACACUCGGGAUUGGCUGGCAGCGCCUUGAGGAACAGUCAACGGCUGUUGGAGGAUUUGAGCAACAGCGAAAAUACGCACGGAAUCGAAUUCGAGAGGGCGACACUUUGCACAGCGCAGGCAAUGGUGAUGCUGGGAGAAGCGGAAGCGUUACAAGGACUUUACAUGUACACCAAGGAAAAGGAGAGAAAAUUUCCAUGGUUGAAAGCCGCGAUGGAAGAAGCUGCGGGCCGCUACGAAUCAGCCGCUACAGCUUAUAAAUCAAUUAUCGAGGACCACACGCACGCCGCUAGAAAAGAUUUGGGUUUCAAUGUAGACGACGACGAAGACGAAGACGAGGACAGUGACGAUGACGACGAUGAAGAUGACAACGAGGACGACGAUGACAUCGACGGAGCCAGAAGCGGGAACGAGGAACCUUCCUCUGACGUAAAAGAGAAAAACGUUAAGACCGAGGGGGACAAUCAGGUGCUUGAGUUUUGCGUGCAACGUUUGUCCGAGUGUUACGAAGCGGUUAGCGAUUGGUCCCGACUGAAAGCAUGGAAACUUCAAGAAGCAAGAAUACUCGUCCGAGAAAAGAACUCGAACAUUGGGAGGCAACAGCAAGUUCCGACAGAGAACGAUGAUCAUCGACGGGCUAGGUGUUUGAAAAUGUUCGAGGAUGGUGAAACGAUAUCUCUCGAUGAUCUGAGUAAUUGGAAUGUACUGGAAAAUGAAAUGGGAAAACCGGGAGACUGGAGCUGUGGCAAGACGUUGAUCGAUUGCAACAAUACGUUAAGAAACAUAGCGCUUCGAAUCCACGUAAACGAUUACCAGGAUUAUUUCGAGCAGGAGAUUGAACGGUGCCGAAGGGCGGCGGCUGAGACAAUGGAGGAGGGUCUGCGGAACAUACUUUCCGGAUAUCUCAACGAGUCGAUAUUGAUACGAUAUUCGGCGAACGCGUUGAAGAGAUUGCUGGUGCCCGGUCGAGAGGGGAGCGCCGGGGCGUUUCGGUUGUAUAAAACCGAGAAACUCGAGCGUAUGGAUUCGAGCGUUCUGACGCAAAUUCUCUGGUGGUCGGAGUACUUUGGAAAGGCACGGGAGAAAGAUAACGGCAGUUGCACGUUGAACGAGGUGGCCGAUCUACGGUUGCACAUUGUCCGUACAGCGAGAAAAGAGGGAAACUUUGAGUUGGCGAAACGCGAACUUGUGAAUUAUCUGCGAUCCGAACGGGAGAUCUGUCGAAUCGAGGAUAGCCAGAACAGAGGGGUCGUACGCGUGGAUCUCGAUUUCGAUCGGGUGACCGACGACGCGCUGAGGAAUGUGAUGCGCGUGAAAUGGUCGAAGAACAAUAUGCGUGCGUUCCGUGAAUACUCGAAAUUAUUGUACAACAUGGAACACGUUGAUAAAGCGUUGAAAGUGUGCAGCGCAACCGCGCUCGGGAUAUCGCGAGCCAUCGUCGACGGUGAGCAAUCUGCGUCAACCGAUCUCCGGGAGAAUGGAACCAGGCUUCUGCUGACACUCGGUAAAUGGAUCCAACAGCAGGAGAUCGAGAACACCGAGAACAUUCAGCUGGAGCAACUGCUCGAAUUCGAGGCUGUGCACAACGACGGUCUGAUGAGCAAACUGUUCGGUUCGACCACGGACUCGAUACCUGUAUCGGACAUGAUCAUUGGUAAAUUGAUGCAACUUGGGGUAAAUCAAUGCCCGGAUUUACCGAUCGCCUGGUGUAGCUUCGCCAGUUGGUGCUAUAAAUGGGGACGGAAGAUCGUCGAUAAUUCGAAUACCGGUCGGUUAACUGACACCGACAAAACGACCAUACGGAAUUUACUACCGUUCGAUACGAACGAGGCCGAUCUGCUGGCGAUCUUCUCGAUAUUGAAUCAAAGUAAAUCGAUCAACGAGGACGAGGGUGACAUCACGGACACGGCGAACGACAUCAACACGUCCGACAUGAUAGAACACCAACUACGGAACGUACCGAUACUCAGUCUGGCCAGUUCCGAUCGUAUCGGUAUGCUGAUCGACAUCUGGAAGCAAGCGCAGAGAAGAAUCUAUUCGUAUUACGAGCUCUCCGCGAACGCGUACUUCAAGUAUCUGCAACUCGCCGCGAAAAAGGAGACGAACGAUUGCGAUACUAUUACGGCCACGCUCAGGUUGCUGCGUCUGGUUGUUAAGCACGCCCUCGAGUUGCAGAACGUGCUUGAAUCAGGGCUGUCCUCAACGCCGACGGCACCCUGGAAAGAAAUCAUUCCACAGCUAUUUUCGAGACUCAGUCAUCCCGAGGCUUACGUACGGACACGUGUUUCGGAACUGUUGUGCCGAGUCGCCGAGAAUUCGCCGCACCUGAUCACUUUUCCCGCGGUAGUGGGAGCGGUGUCCGGUCAACGGAAAACUUGUGACAAGGUGCUGUACGAAAAAACGACGGAGAACAAUUCCACUCAGAACGAGUUGGGCUUUGAAGAUGAAGAUGAGAACACGGGGGAUAAUUCUUCUACGGUUUAUCGAUACCAAGACGAACACGAAAAAUUUAUGGAUUGCUGUUUCUCGCAGUUGGUUGACUGUCUGUCGAAUAGAAUUCAAGGUUCCGUGGAGCAGAUAAAGAUAUUGGUGAAAGAACUGCGUCGUAUUACCUUGUUAUGGGACGAGCUAUGGUUGGCAACGCUUUGCCAGCAUCACACAGAGAUCUCGAAGCGAUUCGAGCAGCUAGAAGUCGAGGUGCAAAAGGUACAAGACAACGCCUGGUUGUGUGCCGAGGAGAAAGACCGGUUGAUCACUGAAAAGCAUAGAAUUAUAUUGAAACCGGUCGUCUUCAUCCUGGAGAAUUUGUACGCAAUGACGUCCGUGCCGGCCGAAACGCCGCACGAGAGAAAUUUUCAGGAGAAGUUCGGUCCCGCGAUCGAGGAAGCGAUCGGCAAGCUAACGAAUCCAAAAAAUCCUGCGAAACCUCAUAUCGCAAGUUUAUGUUUGAAACAAUUGGAAAGUAAAUUGGCGCAACGGGUGCACAGACGGGCAGCUUACUCUCUUUCUAUGAACGAUAUCAGCCCUGUGUUAGCCAAUUUAAAGAGUACCUGUAUUGCUAUGCCAGGUGUCGUCGCUAAUGAUAAUAAAAUCGUUACCAUCCAGUCUGUGGAUAACAACGUUCAAAUACUGCCGACUAAGACUAAACCCAAGAAACUCGUCUUCCAUGGUUCCGAUGGACACGUUUACACGUAUCUGUUCAAAGGAUUGGAAGACCUUCAUUUAGACGAGAGAAUCAUGCAGUUUUUAAGUAUAUGUAACACGAUGAUGUCCAAGAAAGGCGAUUCGAAACAGGUGUACAGAGCUCGGCAUUAUUCCGUUAUACCAUUAGGCCCGCGAUCUGGUCUGAUACAGUGGGUCGAUGGGGUCACCCCGUUGUUCGUUCUUUACAAGAGAUGGCAACAAAGGGAGAACUCCAUGACCAACAAGACUGGCAGUGCCGCGGUUCUGCGGCCAUCUGAGCUCUUUUAUAACAAGUUGACACCGCUGCUGAAAGAGCGGGGAAUCGGUCUGGAAAACAGAAAGGAGUGGCCGAUUCAGAUUUUGAAGCAGGUCUUGUCCGAGUUGAUGGCUGAAACACCAAAGGAUCUGUUGGCAAAAGAGAUAUGGUGUAACAGCAUAAAUGCUGGAAACUGGUGGCAGGCAACGAAGAAUUACUCCUACUCGGUUGCCGUGAUGUCGGUUAUCGGUUAUAUCAUCGGCCUCGGCGAUAGGCAUUUGGACAACGUGCUGGUAGAUUUGAACACCGGCGAAGUUGUACACAUCGAUUAUAAUGUAUGCUUCGAGAAAGGCAAGACGUUACGCGUGCCAGAGAAGGUGCCUUUCCGAAUGACUCCAAACAUUCGAACUGCGUUAGGCGUAACUGGUGUCGAGGGUAUAUUUCGUCUGGCUUGUGAACAUACUCUUCGUGUGAUGCGUCGAGGACGCGAGACUCUGCUGACGUUAUUGGAAGCAUUCGUGUACGAUCCGUUGGUGGAUUGGCGAGCCGGUGCAGACAAUAGUAUCGCGAGUUAUGGGGCAUGUCAAGCCAGAGCGAGAUGCACAGGUAUAGGGAGAAAGCAAUUAGAACAGGAAUUGACACGAGCGAUGUUCGCCGUUCGUACGGCAGAGAUGCGCGCCGAAUGGUUGGCGAACAGAGAUGAACUGAUGAAAGUGUUUCCAUCUUUGUGCCAUCGUUUGAAUUGUUGGAUGGAUGCGACCGAGGUGACCCGUCAAUGUCAAGACUUGCUGCAGGACAGGCAUCAACAGCUUGCGUUAGUGAAAGAAGCACAGGCAAUGGGACGCAAUCAUCCGUUGUACACAGUAAUAAAGCGUUACAACUCUUUCAAGAGAGCACGCGACGCCCACGAGAAGGCAAAGGGUGCGUUGAAGGAAAGAAUAGAGGACAGUGAGAAGCAAAUCAACAUGCACAAUUUGUCGCUUUCCGCGAUAAGAGGUCCUCAGUUGGGACAAUGGUUAUCGGAACUGGGAACGUCUACGAGUUCGGAGGAGCACGUAAUGUUCGACUUGGUGAAAGAAUUUCUGCAGAAUGCUGGUCAGAGUCAAAUGGUUCUUCAGUGCGAACAGUCGGAAAAUGAGCUGACUCAAUUGGCGACGCAACAGACCAUUUUAAUAAGAAGUUGCUUGGACCUUUUGAGUCAGUAUUCGGCCAUCUGUAACUUGUAUCCGCUGAGCAGCAUGUCGCAACAUCGUACGGUGCUCUAUCACGGUUGGGCUAACAAACUUAUGAAUUCAGGAAACGUCGAUGUUUGUCGCGAAGUAAUGGCACAGUUCGAAGGCAGCUUCGAUCCGAUAAAGGGCACGAACAACCAGCACGCGCAACAGAUAAUAACGUUCUCUUAUCGAAUGCAAGGGAUUCUGAACGAGGUGAACGAGAGACUGAAGAAAGCGUACGAGAGAAUGGUCUCGGAAGGGUUGCCGGAAUCGGUCGGCAGAAUCGAGAAAGCGUACGGCGAGUCGAGGAUGCAGAUACAGAGUUUUUUGAGGCGGGAAAAAGGAGCGGAAAGAGCGCUCGAAUGCGUGAAUAUCACCGCCCUGUGCGCUCUGAACAAGCGUUACUUGAUGAUGGAAGGCGCCGCAAAGUGCGCGGGUGACUGUUUGGUUGAUCUUACGUCCAGGGAAGGGGAUUGGUUUUUGGACGAGAUGCGGCUGAUGUCGUCGCUGAUCGCCGAAUUGGUAAGCCUGAUACCAGAGUGUCACAAAGCGAACAAUGAUCCCAAGAUAUCUCUGGUGCUCAAGUGUUUGAGAGGAUCGGAUUGCAUCUACAAAGGUUUGCAGGAGCUCAAUUACAAUUUUCACACGAUCAUUCUACCGGAAGCGAUGAAAACAAUCAUAACGGAGGAGCCGACCGUGAUCAGAAUGAUCGGCGAGCUAACCGAGAUCAUAGUGUCGCCUGGGAUACCGCUUGGUGAGAUCUUGGGGCAACUCGAGAUGCAUCUGAGGUUCACCGUGAUGGAAAUGGAAAGCCCCCACGCUAUGAUGCAGGGGGUCGUGAAUAACAUGAGACUACGAUUUGACGCGUUGCUGUCGCGACCGGCUGAGAUUCAAGAGCCGAAUCAAGACGAGGCUCUGACACCUGGUCAGAUGCUGUUGAUGGGUUUCAACGGACUGUUCGAAAAACUUCAGAUGGAAGGUAACGCGCUGAUCGCUACGCUGAGCACGCUCGAAAUCCCGGCUGCCUGGCGGAAAAUCGAUCAGAUUCGGGAAGCGAAGGAAAUGUCCGCGCCAAUAUUCAACAAGGCUGCUUGCCAGGUCCUCGAAGAUAUAUUUCUGGUGAAACGAUUGCAUACGAUUCAAGAGUUCUUCAUGAUGUGCAGAGACAUCGCGACCGCGUUCAAGGGCGGCUUGGCGAACGUCUACGACGACGAACGGUUAAACAAACCGAUACGUAUCUUCACGGCGGAUUACGUGUCCAGGCAAUUGCUCGGGGUCACUUCUCAGACAUUGGCGAUCGGGCUUUGCCUGUUGCUGCAAAGAAUGGGCCUGAGCGUCACCACCGAAAUCGAACAGAGAGAUAUCGGGGCUGAAAGCAAGGUCUCGUUGGAGGAAUUGUGCAGAAAGCUCGUCGAUCUUUGUCUGAAGAGAGGCUCGUUCUCGGGAUCUGUUCUCGCGCAAGCUAGCGCGCUCAGUAGCACUCUCGAGAGCGCUUGGCGAAGGAAACAGACUGCCAGGUUGGCUCAGCAAUGCGUCGAAGUUGCCAGAGCGAGUAUGCAGAGACUUCAGCUGCAGCUCACAGCUCACCAUUGGUUGCACGAAGACAGUUUGCUCCUUAGAUCGAACCUAAAUCUGAUGAAUCCUCUAAAUCGUUCGGCGUUCAUGCUGGAAUUACGAAAGACGGCCACGGCACUAAGCGGUCUACAGUCUCGCGUUUGCGAGGCACGGGAACAACAACAGAACCUCGUAUCCAGCGCGGUACAACGUUUGAAAUGGGCCGCUGGAGCAAAUCCAGCCCUCGGGGAAGUAAUGUCGGCGUUCGACAACGCUGUGCUUGCCUCUUGCGAGAAGUUGACCCGGCAGCAUACACUAGCGACCAGCGUCGUGAAUACGUGCAACUCGAUACUGCAUUACGAGGCAUUGAGAACCAGAACGUCCGAGAGCGUAACGCACGACGCGAAUUUUGUCAAGCUCGUCAAGCACUGGGAGGAGAGUUGUAUCUUAACCAUGAGCUUAACCAUUACCGUGACACCGAUCGAGGAAAGUCUAGUUGAAUUACUACCGAUGGAGAGCAACGUCGAUAUAAACUGGCUAAAGCAGGCGGAGAGAUUUAUUUCAGAAGCGAUACUUGACGCGCAGAAAAAAUUACAGGAGAAGCAAGAAUGUUUGCUGACCACCCAGAAACGUUUACGUGAGCAGGUUUCGAAUUUGCAAAAUGUUUUAACACUGCAUCAUUGUUUGAUGUCCGAUGUACGGAUUCUGUUGCGAACCAUGGCCAAGCAAGAGAACAUCGACGGCCUUCAAGAGUUUCUCUCUUCGUACCGGUCCUUCACCGAGAGCAUAUCGGCGAUCGUUAAAGAACUCGAAUCCGAUUGCCUCGACGUGAACAGAGGCAGAACGAUUAAACAAGAAUUGGAGACUCUGGCGACCAUUGUGCCAAACCUGUACACGGAACUGUUGGAGUUCGCAAACGAGAAGAAAGCAAAGCACAGCAAGCUGCUCGACAACCACAAGGACGCCGAGAAAGAAAACGUAAAGGCGAGAGUACGAGGAAGGGAGAAGAAAAGUGAAACUCUGGACACCGUAACGGGCAAGAGGAAAAGGAAGUUGAUUCGACAGGAAGGUGUUUACUAUAGCCCGAAGAAGGGGGUUCCGUUGGCUAGGGAUCCGACCACCGGUAAAGCUGUCCAAGAACGGAACGCGUAUGCACUGAACGUUUGGCGUCGUAUACGAAUGAAGCUGGAGGGACGGGAUCCGCAUUCGACCCGGAAAUACACGACGGCCGAGCAAGUGGAAUACGUUAUACGCGAGGCUCAAAGCACCGACAAUUUAGCCCUCUUGUACGAGGGUUGGACACCGUGGGUCUGAAC